AUUCGUGGCAUUUCUAUCUGCAACUGAACGUGACCGCUGGUGUUCUAACUGGAAUUAAAUUUACUCGCUACGUUUCUAAACAGUGUUCCCUACUGGUAACUAUGGUAACCACCUAGCGUUUUAAGCCAAUUACAAUCGACUAUUCUCAGCAUAUGUUCUCCGUAGAGACGCUUCGCCAUCUUGAAUUUAGUAAAAGUUGCAGACAGCCAUCGACACAGUCGCCUUAACAAACACAAAACAACCAAGAUAUGAGCGGCUCUAACUCUCGAAACAAGACUGCAGCCACAGUCAAAGGACCGGACACCGAUAUCGGCCCAACUGCAAAUUCCAGGGAGCGAAAGUCCGGUGGAGGUGUACUGAAGAGACUCAAAUCGCGACGAAAUCAAACCGAUAAACAGCGGCCUGUUAUUACAGAAGAAGAGCUAAGGGCGCUAGGAAGACACAUCACACCGGACGAAGUCCUUGGUCUGCGUGCUGUUACACGGGAUUAUCUAUGUAAACCUGAGGACAAUGUCUACAAUAUUGACUUCACACGUUUCAAGAUUAGAGAUCUGGAGACUGGGACAGUGCUCUUUGAGAUUGCUAAACCUCACAACUGUGGUAAACUCAAAUGUCUUGCCCAGCAUGAAGUUUCAACUUUUCCACCACACUUUUGGCACAGCAUAAAUAGCUUGGAUAGGCCACAUCUUAAAGACCCUGAAGAUGAGGAAGAAGAGAAUGGAGACGUAGACACCAGUGCUGGGCGCUUUGUGCGGUAUCAGUUUACGCCGGCCUUCCUCAGACUGCGGACUGUUGGUGCAACAGUCGAGUUCACUGUGGGGGACCGGCCUGUUAACAGCUUUCGCAUGAUAGAGAGGCAUUAUUUCCAGGAUAAAGUUCUCAAGAACUUUGACUUUGACUUCGGAUUCUGCAUCCCAAACAGCUGCAACACUUGCGAACAUAUCUAUGAGUUUCCCCAGCUCCCUGAGGACCUCAUUUGCCUAAUGGUGGAGCACCCGUAUGAGACCAGGUCAGACAGCUUCUACUUUGUGGACAACAAACUGAUCAUGCACAAUAAGGCAGACUACGCCUACGAUGGGGGCGAGUAGUGCCUGAAUAUUAGCGUCUUGUGUGCAAUGCAACGCAACGCAGCGGUCACAUUGCCCCAGAACACAACCACAAUAUAGCCCUUUUGGGAACAGGAGUAUACUUUCUCCACUUCAGACAUUCCAACAAACUUUACCAGCCCCCGGUUUGGGAAAACAGGACCAUGUCUGCCUUCAAAACAAGUUGAUCGUUUAUUUGUUACCUCGUACCCCUCUGUUGCUGGGACUCAUAGGAAACUUUUGUCAAUCACUCUUUUGUAAUGUUGAACAUGUUUUUCUUUUCGAACAUUUAAAUGGUUACUUUUAAUACGUAUUAUUUUAAUCUGCCUUGAGUUAGUUCAGUAUUUGUUGCAAUAUCCUUGUUUUUGUUGGAAUACAUUUAGGCAUAUCUUGUGGGUUUGUGUAACUAAUCAGCCUAAUGAUCUAAUACACUCAUUCAAAUUUAAUAAUAUUAGUUUCAAGGGUUGCCAUCUCCCUGGUGAAAGGCCACUCUGUUACCAAACGGCUCUACAGAGGGAAUCUGGAACUUUACAUGAUCCCAAAGUGAAUGUUGAAUACUGGAUAUUUUUAGCCCGUAAGAUGAACACUGGUUGAAGUUGAGCAUGUUGUUAUUUUGUCUACACAACAAUAGUUGACAGAUGGCAAUCCAAUUGCAACUUUUUGAUACCACCUAAUUUGAUUGAACAAGUAAAUACAUUUUUGCUACUCAUUGUGCUCUAGUAACAAUCAUUAUCCUUUGCUGUGUCUUUCCUCCUCAGAUAGUCUCACAGCUGAAUAUUUAGCCCACUAACAAAUGCUCAAAGACUUAGAAAUCUUGCCUUGAUAGAAGCUGUAUUAUUCAUAUUGGGUGUCCCAUUUCACCUCUAGCUGUAUAUACAACCAAUAAUCCCUGUUGGCUAUGAGACAUUUUUGUAUUAACUGCCAUUGGUAGUAAGUCACAGAUGGCACCCCUGGCCUUUUCAUGUUGUUAGCAUUUGUGACAGUGCUGUAAAUUUACUUGCAGUGUGUUUGUGCCUGCUGGAGUGAUACUGGGCCUCCCAACACUAAAUUAAACCUCUCCAUGGGCCUUUGUAUUCAGACUGUUAAACUCGAGGCUUUGUGUGUGAGAGAAAUCCCUGUCAAGUCCAGCUGUCGAUCAGCUGUGCUCUGCUACACAUCUCCAACACUCAUCAACAGUAAAAAAAGAAGGCUGGAAGAGAUUUUGUGGGUAAAAUAUUUUUCGGCUAUGAAAUGAUAACUACAGGUCAAUGCUCAGUGGAAGGUAUGUGAUGAUGAUCACUUUCUAGACUUGUGAUAUGUGUAUUUUUUUUUUAUUAAAAAUUACAGUUGCUGAUGGAAAAUUG